AUGUUAAACAUAUCUAAUAAUACAUUAAAUCAAUUUUAUUAUCAGUAUAUUAUUAUACGUUGUUUAAGUAUAUAUGCACUUAUACUUGUUAUCGUUGGAACAGUAGGAAAUUUAUUAACAAUAUUUAUCUUGUGUCGAAAAAAUUUAAGACGUUAUGUUACAAUGAGAUAUUUAAUUGCUGUUAGUGUAUGUGAUAUAAUAUCGUUAUAUGGAUGGAAUUUAAAUAAUUUUUAUAAAUUUACAAUUAGUUCAAAUAAUGAUAAUUUAGAAGAACUAUCAUUAGUACACUGUCGAAUUAUGUCAUAUAUGACAUUUGUUGGUUUACAAUUAUCAAGUUGGUGUUUAACAGCUGUGAGUAUUGAUCGCUGUUUAAGUCUAUAUUUCUUAACAUGGAAACAAAGUUAUGGAAAAUUAAGUCGUACAAAAUAUCAUAUUGGAAUAUUGACUGUUAUCUGUUUACUUCUUAAUUCUCAUAUACUUAUUUUUAAUGGAUAUCGAAUUGAUUCUCCUAAUUUUACUAUUAAAUGUUAUGUUACACGAACAAAUCCAUAUUAUAUAUUUCCUAUAUGGGAACGUGUUCAUCUUGUUGUUUAUAAUUUAUGGCCAUUUUCUAUGAUGUGUUUAUGUAAUACAUAUAUUAUCUAUGCAACUGUUCGUUCAGCUCGUAUACGUAUACCAACUACUAAUCAAUUUUCUCGUCAUCGACAAUUAUCAAUAAUGUUAAUAUUAGUUACAUUUGCUUUUGUCUUAUUAACAUUACCAUCAUGUAUUUAUUUUGUAUUUUUUCGUCAUCGAAUGUCAACUAGUGAAAAUUUACGUACUUAUCGUUAUAUGGUACAAAUAUCUUUAGG